UUCGGGUAAAACACUUGAAACACUUGAGAAAUGGUUAUUUGCUUUCUUCGUUUGGACUAACAUCUGCAGCACAGCAAUGUUUGUGAUAUCACACAUAUUAAUAAUCUGUUCAGAAUUUCUCCUUUAGCCCACUGAGCUCCCUAAUGAUUCACCCACAGAUUAUGGCUCUCAUACUUUGUGAAUGUCAAACGCUCUAUAUCCCUUGUCGACAUUGAUGUUUCCCCACACUGACGUUGGUACAACAUCACAAACAUCCACCAGGCUGGAUUGCUGCGUCUACUAAAGGCAACACUGUGAAACACAAAUAAAUCCCAGACCGAAUGCAGUGAAGUUCUCAGGUGAAAGGUGAUUCUACAAAUUGAAAGUGUCGUGUCAGAAGGUCACCGUACUGAUGAGGAUGUCCCAGGGACACGCACAGGAGGACAUGCAGAUGUGACGUGGGCUUUACACAGCAGCGCCGCAUCAUCAGGGGAAGAUGAUUACAUCUGUGCAAUCUACAACUGACAUUCACAAAGGUGAUUAAAGGCCGAUAACAUUUUCUAUUAAUGUUUGGAAACAGAGAUUUUUGUGGCGCUAUCUGGAUGGCAUUUUGAGUAGCAUUUAACAGGCUUGAAGAAGGCAUCAUCAGUGUUGUUUUGAAGUCAUCAUUGUUAUAGCAUAAACAAAAUGAUCUGAAUAAACACAGGGGAAACUGACACAUUUUCCAUUUUUUAUUUUUGACGUGCAAAUCAGAGCAGUAAAAUAUAAUUUAGUGCUUGUUCAGUAUAAAAUCAAGAGGUGUUUCUUUUAUGAUAUUCUGUCCAUUGUUAUCCCUCCAAACAGGAAAAUACACAAAAAAAGGACCAUUACACAUAAUCAGGAGCUAAAUCCAUCAUGGAAACUUCAUCAAACAUUUUUUCUACUUUGGUAACCUCAUCCUCAGGUAAGAACUUCACCAAAUUACACCUAAAGUCGAUUUUUCAACUGAGGUAAGCAUGAGAGCUGCUAUUAUGUGCGCAAUGGUCCACGUAGAGCUCUCUGCUUGUUAGGAAGGUUGCCCAUGUGUGUGUUUUGUUUUAAAGCAAUCAUGCUAUUAAAGAGUGCGUAUACUGUAUGUGCACAGGCAAGAGUGCUUUCCUGUUUGUUUGUGUCAAGGUAGGGUUAGCUGAGGAUUGUACAGAGGGUACAGAUGUUGAGAGUAUUAUCCAAAAAUGAGCAUCAAGAAAAAAUUAAAAUCUACAGGUCAAUGGAAAACAGGACAUUGUUUGAAAAACUCAACAUCCUGCUGAGAAAAAGAUCCAUUCUGGGGAAACCAUUAAUAUUGAUAUUGAUAUUUGUGUGACUGCUUGUGACUGCUUACAUCAUUGGAAAGCAAAUUUAUAUUAUAUACGUAUCUUCAUAAACAAUAUAUAUAUAGAUUUAUACAUCUAUAUAUAUAUAUAUUGCAACAUUAUAUAAACCCUAACAGAUGGCAGUUCGUUAAAGGGAAUAAUGUAAGUAAGUGAAUCAUAAAAGAGUUAAAUAAAUGAAUAAACAGUUUCAUAGCGUCGAGAAUAAACAGAGGAAAGAUCAUACUUCAAAAGACGAAGGGUUGGCCUUGACUGAUCUGGGAUUUAUUUUAUGAAGUGAACCAUUGCCUUUGUAAAACACAAUAAGAUUCUUAGUGGUAAAACAGACACCAAGUGUGUGAGACACCAUCGGUAAACGUCUGUCCAGGGACCUUACAGCAAAGUUUAUUAAUGUUAGCUGUCACUUGAAACGGUGGAGUACAUGACAUAAGAGGAAACGGACCGGAAAAUUACACCACUUUGUUUUUUGCUCUGUGUCUCCCUCUACAGUCUUACUUUAUUGCUGUCAUUCUACAAUUUCAAAUGCAUUUACAUAGCGCAUGAUAGUGCUGUUGAACAAAAAGGUACAAGACUUCACAGUAUCUUAAGCAAUUGAUGUGGAUCUGAGACAUCAAAUCACAAUUCUAAGACCAGAGCCUGUCAUUAAAGCCUUUUGGAAAACAUUUUUGUACAUUCCAGCUUAAGAGAUUCCCUUUACCUGUACACCUUACUGCUUUUUAAAAAUCUAAACCUACGCUGUACUAUUAGGAUCUAGUACAAUACUCUUCUGAAAUUCAAAAUAAAAUAUAUUUAGCAAGAAUACUUCAUAAAAUCCAAUUUUUUUUUUCUUUCUGUUUGUGUAUCCAAUGAUCCCGUCCACGGCCCGAAGGUUGAGAACCUUUGUGCUAUGACUAAUGUGUUGUGUAGUGCUUUGUGUUUUCGUCACAUCUGGGGCAUGGUGUAUAACACUGUAUGAAUCACAGUAACUUUAGUGACCUUCACUCAACACCUCAGGGUCGUGACUCCAAACCCGACUGGAGCAGCUCAGUCAACUUCAUAACAGAAGAAACACCGUCAAAGGUCAUGACAUUUCAAGAGUUCUCCAGAAAGAGAAACCAGGUGGUGGUUUCUCCAGAGCUUUCCAAUCACUGAAGGCCAGAGUGAUGUCAUUUAAUCUGAAAUACACAUAAGAAUUGAAGGCACAAAAAUUUGCAAAAAAUUCUUUAUGACAAUGCCCGUGCUGUACUUGGCUAUCGACGGCCACUGUUAAGACUUUAAUGCCGUCUGUUAUGGUCCUUUAAACCAGUGUUUCCCAAACUUAUUUUCUGGGGACACAUAUUUUAAAAGUCACAAACCUUUGCGACCCAAGUCAAUAGACAUUAUUCGUAAACUUCUGGGAAACAUGAUGCUAAAACGACCCAAAAAAAAAAAACUCUUGCGGUCAUCUAAGGGUCGCGACCCAGUCUUUGAUAAACAAUGCUUUAAAACAUAGUUGUUUAAAGGACCAGAAUGACUUCAGUGGAGUGUGACUUCAAAGGAGUUAGUAUAUUUAUUAUCCUGCUUUGUAUUACGCAUGCUUUCUUAUUCACUUUUGGAAUAGUUAAAUAAACAAAUAGGUGUGAAAUUUAAACAGAGUAUUGUCUUUUGUUUUUUAAUAAUACUUUUUUUUUUUCAAAAUACACCCUGAAAAAAAAUCCUGUUUUUGAACCUGCUGUAACAGCUGUACGUAUCUAGAAUAAUAAUAAUAAAUAACACUUCCCCAUUUUAUUUAAUCAGUCUUGGGAAAAUGCAUUCAUAUCUUUUCUCAAUGGAUCUUUUUUUUGUGAUCUGUCGCUGACUAAUUCUCCACGAAUCGUAUGAAAAAGGCUCAACCUUGGUUUAACUUCUAAUCUAAUCUAUGCACACAUGUUUGAUUCCUUUUUGUUUUCAACUGUGAACCAGGAUACAUCUAACUAUCUGUCUGUUAACCUCUGAGGAAUAAUAACAGUCCAUCGAAAUGAGGGAGCCGACAACUGUUAGAGUCUAAACUACACAACAGUGAACAGCAUGUACUGAAUCCACUGAACUGCAGGGCAACAGUGGCACAAAGAUGAGGACAUCAACUGGGAGAUUUCACAUUACGCUCACCAUAACGUACAACCUGUUGAUUUCAUUUUCCAUCUUUCUAUGACGCAGUCAUGUGUCAGUGUAUACGGUGUGUUGAGUGUGCGUGUGUGCGCGUGUGGGUUGGUGUGGAUUUGUGUGAGCCUUUAUAUUUUACUGACUUGAAGAAGAAACUCUUAGAGCAAGGAGUCACGUGACAGAGAAGGGAAAACAAAGAAGACUACUAACAUUAAACUAAUAAAAAAGGGUUAGAAUAGACAGAGGAAGCACCACUGAGAGGGAAACGGAGAGAGAGAGAAAGGGAGAGAGAGAGUAGAGUGUAGAGUGAGAGAGAGACAGAGGGAGAGAUGAGGACUUUCAAGAACCAAAGUCAUCCUGUGCACCGCGGAGCCUCCAGCAACCUGCACAACCUGAGCACCGCCACAGUCAUGAGUCCAGUCAGCACGGGCAGCAUCACCUUGGCCGCCUUGCUGAUCCUCGCCAUCAGUGUCUGCAAAAGUGCUCCAGCAGAACUUCAGCAAAUCACAACAGACCAGGGGCAGCCACACAGCCAGAUUGAGGUUGUGUGCUCAUCCUACCUCUCUGCAGACCUGAAGUAUUGGCCGUCUGAUUUCUUAGGCGAACUCUGUGUCAUGAUGCUGGUUCAAAAAUCAAAGGAGCUGAAGGUGCAAGAAAAAAGUAAAAGAGCUGAACUCCAGGGACCAGCUGGCAUUCAGAGCAGGGGCUACUUCCUGUAUCGGCCACGAAAUGGAAGACGAUCUAUAGAAUAUAAGUGAAUAAGAGUUCCCAAAGGUUCAUGUACAGAGAGACACAAUGGAUUCUGAGCUGCUGCCCCCUGACGGCCCGAUGCGACCUGCGACCACGGCCCACUGCCGCUGCUGUUUAAUGAUGCCUGAAUGUAAACACACAAUAUUAUUAAAAUGCUAUCCAUUCAUCAAUAAUGUAUUUUGUGUUAAAUGUUUAUCAUUUACAUUAAAAUGCUACAUUGUGGCUAGCUGUUAUGUUAUUUGUUACAUGUUGUCAUAUAAAACGAGUGGCAAAGUAGAAAUGCCCGGAUGUAGGAGACGUAAACCACACCUCCAAUAAAUCCCACGACAAUAAAAAUAUUCUUUUCAUAAAACGUUUCAUGUAGUUGAGGGAUUCACAAUGGAUGUUACGUAUGAAUUAACCAUUGUAAAAUGAGAGUCCAUAUUGAAUCUAUGCUUUACGUGAAUAAAAUGUGUUAUUUGGCAUCGGUAUAAGACUAUUGAAGACAUUCGUGUAAACGUGUUUUAUAUAUAUUUAUUGAGCCUUAGCUUGACAGAAUAUCCAAUAAAUAUUUUAAAAAAUGAUUUAAAUUUACAGCAUAUCUUUAUUUAUUUAUUUUCUUUCUUUGUUCUACAUUUUUUAUCUACAUUUCGAAUGUGUUAUAAUAAUACUUAAAUUGGGUUAAACUGUACCUAAAAAAUAUUGACAGUAGAUGUCGCCAUUCGACCACAGGUAGAAAAGGUUCAUUUUGUACUUAGACAAUUCUGUUAUCCAUCUAUCCAUCCAUCCAUUUUCAUCCGCUUAUCCGUUACCGGGUCGCGGCAGCUGUCGCCACCCAAAUCACACUGCAUCGUACCAACCCCCUGAACCUUCCUGCAGGUGGUGAGUCCACUACAAGGUAACAACAUUGCUCUAGGCCAAAGCGCCACACAAUUCUGUUAAUAAUUCAUUAAAUCAAAUAAUAUCAUAUAUGCCAUUAAAGUGAUACGCAUAUCCGAGAUAGAACUAAGUAAAUUUAUUAAGUAAAAUUUUCAUUUCUAGAUUGGUAGGUAGACUGAGGACACUUCUUACUGAUGUAAGACUUCUUACAUCAGUAAGAAGUGUCCUGGUCUGAUACUGGACUGAUCUUCUACAAACGGACUUUUAAUGAAACCUCAUACCAUUACAGAUUCCAGCUUUUUCAACUGUUGUUAUUUAGGUUCAUGGAGAGGUAGAGUGAAGAGACAUUAAUCUUCUAGGAAGAGAAUCCUGAGCCUAUGUGACUUAUUUUUUAAAUCAAGAGAGGCAUUUAGUAGUAAUUUAGUUUAUAAUCCAAAACUGCUUAAGAGCUGACAUAUGGUGCGCAUUUAGUACUGUCUAUCAUUGGCUUUCAAACACAGAUUUAUUUUGACUCUUUUAUGAAUCUUUUUACAAAAACAAAUCUAGAUGCCAGCAGUCUUUAAUUUUGUUGCCAUUUUGCAUAGAGGAUGACAUUGCAUGACAUUUGUCAUCAAAUUCAGCACAUAUUGGUCAGAGAUGAGUCCAAAUCUGCAUAAUAUUCUAUUAGAAUGUGUUACAGGCAUGGAUUUCUAAAUGUGUCCAUGCCUAACAAAUCGAACAAAUAGAGUUUGUCAGAAAAAAACACACAUAUUACGUUCUGCUUGUUCAGUAAAUGUCAAAGAACUAAACUGACUGAUUUUAACUUUUAAAUGCACACAAUUUAUUAUUUCUGGCAAUGGGUUCUGGAGACUUAAUGUUGUGUUUGAACUUUAAUUUCUAUAUGUUUAAGUAUUCCUGUCAUUGAUAAAGGUAGCUUCGGUAUUCCACUUAAAGCAACCAACAGUUGUGAAUUUUUAUACAUUGUAAAACAAUUUAUAAUAAUAAAAAUAAUAUUGCAUGGUGUAUUUUUUGGAGAGGUAUGUACACAUUUACAUAGUCGCCGUGUACACAUUCUCUAAAUUCGAAACAGCACCACUUGCCACUAAACUUCUACCCAGAGGUAAAACGAAAUGGUACUGCAGAAUGGGGUUGCUUGAACGUUGCCAUAGUGAUAAGUACCAAGCCAGGUCUGAUAAACAUUCAUAGUCUGGUGAAAAUAUAGAAAUUGUAAAAGCUUGUCUGCAUGUUUCUCAUCCAAUUAGUAAUUUGAUUACUUUCUCGUUUGAUCAAAAAUAUGCAGACGAGAUAAAUAUUACUGUAGUAAAACAUGUUUACAGUUACAAAAAACAAUUAUUU